GACCAAGCACCGACAGAUACGCACAUCACCGGUUUACAAAAUCUCCUUUUCUCCUCUUUAUCUCUUUCUUCAUCUCUGAACCCUAACAAAAAUCUAUCAAUUGAGUUUCUCUUGCGUCGGAAUAUUUGUGGAUUCCGUUUUACCUGGUGGUUAAGCCUCACUGAUCUCUCAAUUUUCUCAUUUCCUCGCCAUCAGAUAUAACACUUUGUUCCUCAAAAUUUCGAGAGAGUAGAAUUCCCUCGUAGAUUUAAUCAUAGGAGAUGCCAGACUCACAUACAUCUAUGAUGGCACCACCAUCAGAAUACUUGGAAAGUGGUGCAAAAUUGUCGGAGGUCUCAAACCCUAGUCAACAACCUCAUCUUCCUCGUAUGGGUAGGAACACUUCUCAGGGUCGUGUGGCCAUUCUUUGGGACAUCGAGAACUGUCCAGUGCCAAGUGAUGUAAGGUCCGAGGAUGUAGCCGGUAAUAUCAGGAUGGCCCUGAGGGUCCAUCCAGUAAUAGACGGAGUUGUAACCAUGUUCUCUGCAUAUGGGGAUUUUAAUGCUUUCCCCAGACGACUAAGAGAGGGUUGCCAGAGAACAGGUAUCAAACUCAUCGAUGUUCCCAAUGGUAGGAAGGAUGCUGCUGACAAAGCAAUCUUGAUUGACAUGUUCCUCUUUGCGCUCGACAAUUCACCCCCUUCAUCCAUCAUGCUGAUAUCAGGAGACGUAGAUUUUGCACCUGCGCUCCAUAUUUUAGGUCAGCGAGGAUACACAGUGAUUCUUGUUAUUCCUUCUGGCGUCCCUGUUUCGACUGCUUUAAGUAAUGCAGGUCGAUUUGUUUGGGACUGGCCUAGUGUUGCCCGUGGGGAAGGGAUUGUCCCCCCGGCUAAGUUGGUUGGUCGGCCUCGAUCAGGUUUGAGUGAGUUGCCUAGGAUUUCCAUGGGAUUCCAUAUAAAUGAGGCUGUGGAUGGUCAGAACGACGAGGAGGCGAUAGUGUAUAAAGGGGCUUCAGAAAGCUAUUGCAAUACAAGGGAGUCUUGUUCGUCUGCUUCCCAGUCUCAAUCCAUGAAUGCCCAUAGUUCAGCAUCAAUGCCUUUAAAUCCUACAACUUCACGAUCACAUAGCGAGCAAAAUGACUUGAUAUGGGUGCAGCCAGGAGAUUUAAAUGGUUUGAAGGGCCAACUUGUAAAAUUGCUUGAAUUUUCGGGUGGGAUUUUACCCCUUACCCGGCUCCCAUCAGAGUACCAAAAGAUAUACGGGAGACCAUUAUAUGUUUCUGAAUAUGGUGCAUUGAAGCUUGUAAAUCUUCUCCAGAAGAUGUCCGAUGCAAUUUCUGUAGAGGGGAAAGGGCAAAGGAGGUUUAUUUGUCUCCGUGUCUCGAAACCAGGGCAAGUUGGAGGGCCCAUUAUUUUGGCAAGAAGGGACAAGAAAGAAAAAGGAUCCCCGGAUGAUGCUGUUGAUCUAACGGCCAGGAAUGGGUCUUCUGAUGAGUUCUCGGAUGAUGAAAGGGUGAUCUUCAGAGUUGAUUAUGAUCAAGAAGGUGGAGAGAAACUGAAUUCCAGUUCUGUUAGCGCAAGUCUUAAAAAGUUCAAAUGCGAGCUUCAAGAGAUUUUAGUGAGCUACUCUGGUGCAGUUUUCCUAAGAUGUUUCAAGGCAAUAUACCAGCAACGUUACAAACGGGAACUAGAUUGCAGGAGCUUUGGCGUGAAUCAGCUGGAAGAACUCCUGGAAAAGGUGAAUGAUGUUGUGGUGCUAAAGGAGGAACCUGUAAGUAAAAGGAAGUAUUUGGUUGCUGUUGGCGGCUGAACAAAAACUGUUUUUUCUUGUAGCCCAUGGAAUCUGAUCUUGAAUUAAUUGUCCAAGGUGCUUGUUUAUUGGCAUCUUCAGGCAGUGUUGAUUGAUUGGGGGAAUCAAGUGAAAAAGGAUCUACUUGAGUGUAAAUUAUUGUAGUUAUGGAGCGAUAAUUGCGUAGUCAUUGAGCAUGGUCGAUCGAGAAAUGAUCGUAAUGGAUAAUGAAUGGUGUUCUUAAGGUUUUUUCCAUUGCAGAAGUGUGGUUAAGAAAUGACUACCAUAUGCAGGUAGAAUUUGUGAGCACACAUCUUGUUCUUUAUUGUUGUUACUGUUGUUAUUGUUGGUUUUCUCUUUUUAUGUUUAAUUUAAAUAAAUUUGCAAUGAAUGUCGUGGUCAAUGUUUGAUCAAAACCAGGAGUUCCACAGAGUGGCAGAGGGGCAUGGUACUUGCCUACUGUCUGUUACAUGAGUUAUCCAUACAUACACACACACACAUAUAUAUAUAUAUACAUAUAUUUUUUCCCCUAGUGCAUAUGUGUAAUCCACUUCAAUUUGUGGAGAAGUGGUUAGUUAAUCAUUAAUCUGGGCAUUUUAUGGAUUUUGUGUUGUGAACAUUUUGGAAGAAUAUUUUAUUUAAAGGACCGAUUAUUUCCUUUUGAGUAUUGA